CGACAACAGAACACCACCACCACCUAGAAUAAACAACAGGCAAUGUGCGUGAGGCUCACAUCUAUGCGAAUCACCAGGAAGGGGGAAAAACAUGCACACAAUACACAAUGGUGUUGCCUGGGGCUGCCGCGAUAGCUCUCAGACUAACCCGGGAGAGACUCGCUCGGUUUUUUUUUUUUUGCUUGCUUGACAGCUGCAGGGCCAAUGGAAAUAUGCAUGGAGCCAGCUGCGCUAGGCUGCAGCCAAUGGAAAAAUCUGAAAUGCUGAGCUGCUACUGGAUCUGAAGGGGUAAGGUUAGGCUGGCUGCAGCAGCAGCAGCCACACCGCCGCCGCUGCCGCUAAACUUCCACCAAAAAAAAAAAAAAAAAAAAAAAAAAAGAAAAAAGAAAAAGAAAGCUGUUUGUGUUUUGGCUGCUGCAGUGGCCAUUUUAGAUGCAGUGAAGGGAUAGAAGAUGAAAAUACACAAAAAGGACAAGCAGCAGAUGUUCACUGGUCUCCUGAAGCACACGCCACCUCCGGCCUCCGCUGCAGCAGCCUCCUCCUCCGCCUCGGACCAAAACAGCAACGCACAAAACACAGUUCCCACAAUCCCACGGGGACACCUGGUUGUGGGCCCCAAGGACCAGCUCCGCCUUCUCACCCCCGUGGGCAGCACGGCGACGUCCAAUCACUGCACGGCCGCUGGGGCCCACACCACUAAGCUCUCCGGAGGAGCCCCACGACCCCCCUCCUCCCUGAGCGAGGAGGACGAUGGAGGGGGUGGAGGGAGGGUGAAGAAGAAACGAAAGAAAAAGGACAAGAGAGAACGGGAGAAAGGAGGAGGGGAGGUGGAGGAAAGGGAAAGCAGCAAACCAAAGAAACGAAGGGAUGAGAAGGAGGCAACAGUGGUCACGCUGAGGAAGAGCAAGGAGCCCAAGGAGAGCAAAGAGCGGAGGGAGCGCAGGACCAAGGGGAAGGAGGGCAGGAGUGGGGGAGACCUGAAGAAAGUGGCAGGGGGGAAAACGUCAGGUGCCGCGGUGGCCCCCGGACCAGCUCAGGUGCCUGUUAAGGUACCCGGCAAAAGAGGGAGGAAACCGAAGAUCAAAGUCCUACCUCCUAUACCCACGAAUCAAGCACCUCCUCCUGCCCCAGGACUCCACACUAAGGUCUCAGGGCAGGCUCAAGGCGCCCAGGCCAAGAACCAUGGCCAGGCCAACAGAAAGACCCCAGUCCCCUCAGCGCCAAAACAGAGGGGCCGCAAACCCAGAGAUCCUGGCGCAGCGCCGGUGGAGAAGAAGAAGAAGGGCAAGAGGAGAAACCAGGAGCUGGCUGUCCAGGAGGGGGCGGAGAGUGACGACACUACCUCAAUGUCAGCCCUCAACAUGGGUGGAGAGGACAGCCAAGACCCCCUGGAUAAUGCGAAGCGGCGUUCAGGACGACAGGUCAAGAGGAGGAAGUAUAACGAGGACUUGGAUUUCAAGGUGGUAGAUGAUGAUGGAGAGACUAUUGCAGUUCUUGGAGCCGGUCGCAUCUCAGCGCUCAACGCCACCGCUCUGGCGUGGCAGGCCGAGGAACCACCUGAGGACGAGGCCAACAUCAUUGAGAAAAUUCUGUCUGUCAGAACGGUGAAGAAAGAGACUUCAUCGUCAGAGGACCAAGCGGAGGAGACAGAAGAGUUUUAUGUCAAAUACAGAAAUUUCUCCUACCUACACUGCAAAUGGGCCACUCUGGAGGAGCUAGAGAAAGAUCCCAGAAUCCACCAGAAGAUUAAACGCUUCAGGACCAAACAGGCGCAGAUGAAACACCUGUUCACCGAGCCUGAUGAUGACUUAUUUAACCCAGACUAUGUAGAGGUGGACAGAGUGCUGGAGGUGGCUGUUACCACAGAUACUGAGACCGGAGAGGAGGUGACCCAUUACCUUGUUAAGUGGUGCAGUCUCUCGUACGAGGAGGCGACGUGGGAGCUGCAGGAGGACUUGGACCCGGAGAAGAUCAAAGAGUUUGAGGAGAUACAGAAACUGCCUUCAGACCUCAGACACAUCGAACGACCUCCUCCAGAAAAAUGGCAGAAGUUGGAGCAGUCCAGAGAUUACCGGAACGGCAACCAGCUCAGAGAAUACCAGUUAGAAGGAAUGAACUGGUUACUGUUCAACUGGUACAACAGAAAAAACUGUAUCCUGGCAGAUGAAAUGGGUUUAGGAAAGACCAUCCAGUCCAUCACCUUUCUGUACGAGAUCUUCAACAUGGGGAUCCGUGGCCCCUUCCUCAUCAUAGCCCCCCUGUCCACCAUCACCAACUGGGAGAGAGAGUUUCGCACUUGGACGCACAUGAACGUCAUCGUGUAUCACGGCUCCCAGAUCAGCCGGCAGAUGAUCCUGCAGUACGAGAUGUUUCACAGAGACCCGCAGGGUAACACUAUCCCAGGAGUGCUGAAGUUUCAUGGGUUGAUCACCACCUUUGAGAUGAUCAUGGCUGACUGUCCGGAGCUGAAGAAGCUGCACUGGCGCUGCGUGGUGAUUGACGAAGCCCACCGACUGAAGAACAGGAACUGCAAACUGCUGGAGGGACUCAAACUCAUGAACCUGGAACAUAAGGUUCUGCUAACAGGAACCCCUCUGCAGAACUCUGUGGAAGAGUUGUUCAGUCUGUUGAACUUCCUGGAACCGCUGCAGUUUCCCUCAGAGAGCAGCUUCCUGGAGGAGUUUGGAGACCUCAAAACAGAUGAACAAGUGAAGAAGCUUCAGGCCAUUUUGAAGCCCAUGAUGUUGAGGAGACUGAAAGAUGAUGUAGAAAAAAACCUGGCGCCGAAAGAAGAGACUAUCAUAGAGGUGGAGCUGACCAACAUUCAAAAGAAAUACUACCGAGCCAUCUUGGAGAAGAACUUCUCCUUCCUGUCCAAAGGAGCAAACCAACACAAUAUGCCCAACCUCAUUAACACCAUGAUGGAGCUCCGCAAGUGCUGCAACCACCCUUACCUUAUUACAGGAGCAGAAGAGAAGAUUCUGGAGAGCUUCAAGAAGAGCCACAGUCCAGACGCCCCGGACUUCCAGCUGCAGGCCAUGAUCCAGGCAGCCGGUAAACUGGUGCUGAUCGACAAGCUGCUGCCCAAACUGCUGGCCGGGGGACACAAAGUCCUGGUCUUCUCCCAGAUGGUCCGCUGUCUGGACAUCCUGGAGGACUACCUCAUCCAGAGACGCUACACGUACGAACGCAUCGACGGCCGCGUACGAGGGAACCUGCGGCAGGCGGCCAUUGACAGGUUCUGUAAGCCGGACUCAGACCGCUUCGUUUUCCUGCUGUGCACCAGAGCUGGAGGGCUGGGAAUCAACCUGACGGCUGCUGACACCUGCAUCAUCUUCGACUCAGACUGGAACCCCCAGAACGACCUGCAGGCCCAAGCACGCUGCCACCGGAUUGGCCAGAGCAAAGCGGUGAAAGUCUACAGACUGAUCACCAGGAACUCGUACGAGAGAGAAAUGUUUGACAAGGCCAGUCUGAAGCUCGGACUGGACAAAGCUGUCCUCCAAGACAUCAACCGCAAAGGAAGCCUCAACGGGGUGCAGCAGCUUUCUAAACUAGAGGUGGAGGAUUUGUUGAAAAAAGGAGCAUAUGGCGCCCUGAUGGACGAGGAAGACGAGGGUUCAAAGUUCUGCGAGGAAGACAUCGAUCAGAUUCUACAGAGACGAACUCAGACCAUCACCAUCCAGUCGGAGGGGAAAGGGUCCACGUUUGCCAAGGCCAGUUUCAUUUCGUCUGGUAACAGAACUGACAUUUCUCUGGAUGACCCCAACUUCUGGCAGAAAUGGGCCAAGAUCGCAGAAGUGGAGAUCGACUCCAAAUCUGAGAAGGAGUCCUUGGUGAUCGACACGCCUCGGGUGAGAAAACAGACCCGUCACUACAACUCCUUCGAGGACGACGAACUGAUGGAGUUCUCGGAGCUUGACAGCGACUCGGAGGAGCGGCCGUGUCGGACUCGUCGACUGGGCGAACGCAGCCGGCGGUACCUCCGUGCAGAGUGCUUCCGGGUCGAAAAGAAUCUGCUCAUCUUCGGCUGGGGUCGGUGGAAGGACAUCCUAAACCACGGUCGGUUUAAAUGGCACCUGGCAGAGAGAGAUAUGGAGGUGAUCUGUAGGGCUCUGCUGGUUUACUGCCUGAGACACUACAAAGGUGAUGACAAGAUCAAGAGCUUCAUCUGGGAUCUGAUCUCACCCACCAAGGAAGGCCAGGACCAGGCGCUGCUCAAUCACUCUGGUUUAUCAGCUCCAGUUCCUCGGGGUCGAAAGGGGAAGAAGCUGAAGAACCAGUUAAAUGUUCCUGAGGUGAAGAAUGCUGACUGGCUGGUCCACUGUAACCCUGAGGUGGUUCUGCAGGAUGAGAGCUACAAGAAACACCUCAAACAACACUGCAACAAGGUGCUACUGAGGGUGAGGAUGUUGUACUACCUGAAGGUGGAGGUGUUGGGUGAGGCUGCCAAUCAGGCUCUAGAGGGGAUACCUGCCAGUAAACUCGAGGUGUCACUACCAGACAUCGACUACAUAGAGAUUCCAGCUUCGUGGUGGGAUGCAGAUGCCGACAAGUCUCUCCUCAUAGGAGUCCACAAACACGGAUACGAGCGGUACAAUGCCAUGCGUGCUGAUCCGGAACUGUGUUUCCUGGAGAGGGUGGGGAUGCCAGACGUCACCGCGCUGUCUGCUGAACAGGGAGGAGGAGAGGGGGCCUCUGACAUGGCUGACAGCGUGUGCAAAACUGAGGAGGCGAAGGACGACACUGAAAGCAAAGCUGAUGGAGGGGAGGAUAGAGACGAGAGCAGCAAGGGAGAGGAAACCUGCUCCAGCACUGAUACCUCAGACAAGCCUGACAGUACAGGUCCAGACUCCCAGAUGUCAGGAGACUUGUGCGCCCAGGAUGGGACUUUGGUCACCACAACGACAACAGGAACAGGUACGGGGGUGGCGGCUCUACAUGUGGUCCAGGCCCGACCCCUCUGGCCCACCGGCCCGGCCUUGACGGCGCGUUUACGACGCCUCAUCACCGCCUACCAGCGGUUCACGAUACGCCGCGAGCCGCUGCUCAGACACGACUUCCUGCUUCACGACGGCCUCGUUGGCAUGGGGAUCGGAGGAACCGGGGCCUCUCACAGUCAUCACGCUGGAGGGCCGCUGGCGUGGCAGCUCGGUGAAGAGCUGAGGAGGUGUUCUGUGGUCGCCACAGAACCUGAUCCCCUGUUUCUGGAGUGGCAGCGAAGGUGGACUCGUCGAGAGCAGGCAGACUUUUACCGCACCGUGUCGUCGUUCGGGGUGGUCUACGACCCCGAGAGAAAAACCUUUGACUGGUCUCAGUUCAGAGCACUGGCCCGACUGGAGAGGAAGACGGACGAGAGCUUGGAGAGAUACUUCAACUCCUUUGUCAACAUGUGCAGGACGGCCUGUAAGCUGCCCCCAAGGAAGGAAGAAGGGCUGGUGGAUCCCGCUGUGCUCGUAGAGCCUCUGACAGAGGAGAGAGCGGCUCGGACUUUAUACCGCAUCGAGCUGCUCCGCAAGAUCAGAGAGCAGGUUCUCCGUCACCCGUUACUCUCGGCCCGCCUCCAGCUGUGCCGCCCCUCACUCUACCUCCCAGUCUGGUGGGAGACUGGCAAACACGACCGUGACCUCCUCAUUGGGGCGGCGCGCCACGGCUUGAGUCGAACUGACUUCUACAUCCUCAACGACCCCCAGCUGAGCUUCCUGGAGGCUCACAGGAACUACGUCAGGGGACAGCCCUCUCACAUUCAUGCUCAAAGUCAUCAUCACCCUCACCAUCCAGGCUUGGCGGCUCAUACCAGCAUCUCGUCGUCGUCCUCCUCCUCUUCGUCUCAUCCCCAGCUGCCUCACCCUCACUGCUGUCUCUACGAUUCGGGACUUGGUCGUCACUCCCCUCAGCCUCCUGAAUAUCCCCACCAGUCUUCUCACCACCACCAGCAUCACCACCAGCAUCACAUUGUGCCUCCAUCAGCUCCUUCUCCUUCCUCCUCCUCUUCCUCUUCCUCUCACCCUCACCUCCACCCUCCACCACUGGAUGCCCACGAUUCGGCCUCACCGAGCCUGGGAAUAGUGCCCGGGUCACGGGGAGAUUUCCUCGACUGUCCUCCUCUGGAUGAAACCCUGGAGCUGAGUUCGCUGCAGCAUGACGCCAUGUCUGCUGACGCUUUGCACGGAGGGAAGGCAUCCAAAGACGCCCUCAACGGUUUCCCAUUCAACUCGGCUGCAGGAGGUCAGAGCAUGCUCAACUCGUACGGCGUAGGGGGAACUGACCUGGACUCUAAACUCAGGAGUGAUGUGCUUGUUGGGGAGCAGGGCUCAUCAGAGGAAACUGGGCUGAUGGCACCAUCAGUGGAGUUGGACCAGUUACAGGCUCCCUGGGACAGUACAGACCACUCCAGUCCUGCUCACCACAUGUUCAAUGAAUCUGAUCCGAUCCUGGGUCCCUCCACCCUGGAGACUGGCUUUCUGGAGGAGGAAGACGAGGAGGCACAGGGGGCAGACAGAGGAGGGGAGGAAGGCGGGACUCUGGAGGAGUGUUUGGGCCUCCCGCCCUCAUCCUCUCCCUCCCACCCCUCUGCAGGAGAUUCUGUGGAGCCGCUGUCCUCAAGCUACAUGCUCUUUAAGGACAUUGGCGUGAGCGAGGAACCCAGUGCUGAUCAAACAGACCUGUCAGCGAGCCCCCCUCCACCCUACGUCCCCCCUCCUCCCCUCUCUCUGUCUGACAUCACCGCCCACGAGCCGCAGGAUAGGCUGGGCCACUCUGACGUCGGCGAGAGCCUGACCAAUCCUGUGGACGAGGGAGAGGACCGGGAAGGAGGCGCUGGGUUUGAGUUUGAUGACAAGGAGGAGGACGACGUGGAGGAGCUGUCGAGGGAGACCAUGGAGCAAAAUGUGCAAAAACAAGGCGAUCAAAGUCUGGAAAGAGAGCAGUGUGAUGAGCAAGGUGCAGACCAAAGUUUGGGAGUCUUGAAUCCACACAUGAACCAGAUCGAUGGGUUAGAGCCUGAGCCGGGCCUGGAGGACCAGGAUGAGAGGAUGGAGGUCUCAAACCAUCUGCCUCAAGACCUUCAGGAGACCUUUGAGCAAGCAGAGCGUAAAAGGGACUUACCCCGAGACAUGCAUCCUUACCUUGGGAAACUUGAGCAGUGUCCCGAGUCUAUUGAAGAACCUGGGGAGGAGGUAGACGGCUUGAUCUUGUAUCAGACAGUUGAGGAAGAGACAAUGGAGAACUCUAUUGAAUCUGGAACCUUGAUGGAGAACACACCUGGAGAAUUUCUGCGAGUGAGAGAAAUGGCAGAAAAUUCCAGAGAGGAUGGUUCAGUGGGGCACACAGAUCUUUCAGAUCAAGUGGAUGAGAUCUCAGAAGGGCAGGUGGAUCAGGUUUCUCUGAUGGACGUUCCACUGGUUCAACCCUGUGACGAAAAGACAGUGAAACAGUUGAACGCCAAAGCCAAUGAGAUGGAGCUGGACAGCAUUUACCCAGAAUGCCCCUCUGCCUCCCUCUCAUCUCUUACAACAGAUUUAAAGUCUGAUGAGACCACCAUAAAGAGCAGUGGAAGAGAUGGAGUCAAAACUGCCUCCAUGGAUCAGGAGAACUAUGAAGGUGCAGUUGAGGACUGUAAGAACAGAGCCCUGACACUCUCCCAUGAUCAGGACAACAAAGACAGUCUGCUUGAACAAAAUGAAAUCAAAGUGGACCCUGCUCUACCUGAAAACAGCAUCGACACAAAACCAUCUCAUCUUAAAUUUUGUCUUUUACCAGACAGUGGUGGUGAGAAGAAACUGGCUCAGUUGGAGCUACCGAUCAAGGUAGAGGAGACAAAGACAGAGAUUGUUGAGGAAGCGUUACCCUCUACCCUGGACAGCUCUGAAGUCAAACAUUCAAGGUUUCUUGCUCACUCCAUUAAGUCAGAAGAUUUGGUGACCAAAACUGAGCAGUUAGAGUAUCCUGUGAAACAAGAAAUGCCUGAAGAUCUAAGCCUUCCCAUGAAGCCUGAGAGCUUGGACAGUAAACCCGAGGUUCUCCAGUUUGCAGCCUACACAGAUGGUGCUGAAAUCAAACCUGAAGCCAAACCUGUAGCUCUCGGGUUUGCUGCUUAUCCAGAUGGAGCCAAGCUGAAGACUGAGACGAAGCCAGAGGGUUUAGGGUUAACAGCUUUUCCUGAUAGGUCUGCCAUCAAGCCUGAAACCAAGUCAGAGGGUCUGGAGUUCGCAACCUACCCAGACAGCUCCGAGAUCAAACCUGAGGCCAAGCCAGAGGGUCUUGAGUUCACAGCUUUACCCGAGAUCAAGGCAGAGACGAAGCAGGAGCUGUUGGAGGCAGACAGCACGGUCCUGACCCCAAAGCUGGAGCAGGCAGACGGGCUGGUGGACACCUCAGAGAGCCUGGUGGUGAAAGGCCAAGUGAAGGAGGAGAGGCCAAGUUCACCAGUGCCUGUGGUGGAAGGUUAUGCCGGCAGCCCCAGGUUUGCAGCUCCAAUUUCCAUGUGUGAGAUUCCCGACAGUCUCCAUGACACCAGGGAGCCGACCAUCGCUCAGCUCUUACAGGAGAAAGCACUUUACUCGUUUUCUGAGUGGCCGAAGGACCGGGUGAUCAUCAACCGUCUGGACAGCAUCUGCCACGCCAUCCUGAAAGGGAAGUGGCCUUGGCCAAGUGAGCAGCACGACUCACCCGGCUCUCUGGCCACCAACUCCUGCCUGGCCAACAGCUUAGCCCAGCACCACCACCACCGACCAGGAUUCCUCCCCACCACAGCCGCGAGCUCCGUCCCAGGCCAGGCCAGAGUUCAGCAGGCAAACCCUGGACUGGGCUUCCCCAUCCCUCCUCCUCUUACAAGACUACCUAAGUACAUGCCGCGGGGCGGCGCAUGCGGGCGCGGAGCUUGGCGCCUCACCUCCUUGCCUCUCUUACAGGAGAGACUCGUGGCUCCUCCCUUCCUCCCUGAGCUCAAACGAGCGGGAGGUCGGAGGUCUUUCGACUAUGAAGCUGCUGCUGCUGCAGCUGCUGCCAAGGUUUUAGCUGGGAAAUCAGCCUCAACAUGCCACACUGCUGCCACCACGAGCUCUAGUGGUGAGAAGGUGCCGGUGGUGGCCCCGCCCUCUCACCGCACAGGAGCCAUGUUGAUCAAUGGUUGGCAGGAAGCAGCCAUCGAUCUAACCAAGUCGUCUCCAGAAAUAAGCACCACUAGUGGCAUUGGGACAGGUGAAGCUGUGGUUGCACCAGGAAUCAGCCACCACGGUGCUGGUCCUGGCAGCAGUCACAAGCUGCCACCGCCGCCCCCCAUCACAGCACCCUUACCAGGCUCUGUAGGAAUCGACAUGGCCGGGAUACUGCAGGCCGGCCUUAUCCAUCCUGUAACAGGGCAGAUAGUUAACGGGAGCCUGAGGGGAGAUGACUCACUGAGGAGGAGGAGAGGGAGGAGGAGAAACGUGGAGGCUCUGUACUCUGAGUUCACCAAGAGCCGAGGACUGCAUCUCCCUGAGACACAGGGCCGGGUGGAGGUGAUCAGCCACUCCUCCGUCUCCUCCUCCACCUCUUCGCCGUCCCCCUCUCCUUCAGAGAGACCUGCUGGUCCUCCCACACCAUCCUCCUCUUCUACUCCCACACCCACCCAGACGCCUCCUCAGCCGGAGAUCGUGGCCAUCGACAGAGAGGCAGCCAGCAAAGGCCUCAUCGAGUGGCUGAGGCAGAAUCCGGGCUACAGCAUGGAUCUGCCCGCAUUCGCUCACUCUGGAGCAGGUCUGUUACAUGGUUUUGUGGAGCGCCCCAAGCAGAGGAGGCAUCGCUGUAAAGACCCGACUAAACUGGAUAUCAAUUCUUUGACAGGGGAGGAGAGGGUUCCUGUUGUGCACAGAGGCACCGGACGCAGGCUUGGUGGCGCCAUGGCUCCAGCCAUAAAGGAGCUGUCCAGGUGGCUGGAUGCAAACUCAGAGUACUAUGUAGCUCCAGACUGGGCUGAUGUGGUCAAACACUCUGGUUUCCUCCCUGAGGGGAAGUUCUCUCGGAUCCUGACAGAACCAGUCAACAGAGACCCGGGCUCUCGGCGCCGAGGGCGUCGGCCUCGCAGUGAGAUGCCUAAGCCCCUCCUGUCUGUCUCUGAUUCCUCCUCACCUGGCCUCGGCCCCCCCCUCUUCAUGAACGGAGGUUUAAUCGGCAGCAUGGACUCCAUGGUGGCCAUGCAGAACCUCCGUGGUGGUAUUCCUGGAAUUCCCAUCUCGGGGAUCAUGGCGGCUGGAUUCCCGCAUGGUUUCUCUGCAGCUGUCCAGGCAGGAGGAGCUGGAGCUUCGGCAGAAGACGCCAAGAACGGGUUGAGUAUGUUACCCAUGAUGCUGCACGGCAUCCCGCACCCCCAUGGGGCUGCAAUACCGCAACACGCCUUGUUCAGCAUUGGUGCAAUGAUGGCGCACACAGCACCGCCACCUCCUCCUCCUCCCAGCUCGUCGUCGUCGUCGUCCUCUUCUUCUUCACUGUCUGCUCCAAAGGUCACCACAACAACCGCGCCGUCUACAUCCGAGGCUGCCAGCCCUUCGUCGACGACGCCUGCUGAGCGAGAGAGCGCCGCCUCUUCGGCUGCUGGUGGCGAAAAGGAGAAGAGCCGGGAGGAGAAAGGAGCAGCGGAAGCCAACAAAAGGCCAGGAGGGGUGGAGGCAGCAGCCAUCAUUACCUCCACCAGCAGGGCCCAUAUUGGCUCUGCGCAUCUCGGAGCCAGCACCGGCAGCCAUCUUACCUUCAACCCCUUCCUGAUCCCGGGCAUGUCCCACGGUCUGCUGUACCCGCACAUGUUCUUGCCGCACGGUGGCAUCAUGGCGCUGCCCGCCAUGCCCCCUGGUGCAGUAGACGGUUCCCCGGGGAGCCCAAAGAGGAGGAGGAAGAGAGGGAGGGAGGAAGGAGAGAGAGAGGAGGAGAGGGAGAGGGUGGCGACGGGAGAGUUAGAGGAGAGAGAAAGUACAGUUAAGGCUAGCGUUACCUCCCACCCGGCCUCCUCCUCGUCUCCCUCCAUCCCCUCUACCUCGGCUCCAGAUCCAGGCCCACCUCCAAAUGAAGAGCCCCAGACUGGGCAGGGAGACGGAGUGGACGGGCCUUCAGAGCCCCAGGAACCAGACUCCCACAACCACCCUGAGGGAGCAGCAACAGAGGAGAACGAGGAAAGAUUGGAGGAGACAGGAGUAGAGGCAACAGAGGAGGAGAAGCAGGAAACUGAGGAGCAGAGACAGGUGGAAGGAGAGGAAGCGUAGAGGAGGAGACAAACUGCAGAGGACAGAGAGACAAACCACUUCCUGCUCUCUCCUCCUGUCUCCUUUGUUGCUCUUUUUCUCGACUGAGCAACAGUGUAAAGUUUGUGCCGUGUCUGUCAGUCAAUGUCCAUGUAAAGACUUUUAUUAUGAUGAUGACUAAUAAUAACGAUGAUGAUUAUAUUCAACUUGGUCAUGUUUAUAUACCAAGACCCCACCCACCCUCUCCACUCCCUCCUUGUAUACAAAAAAACUAGUGUAAGAAAUGAUCUUCUGUGUAUUCUUCCCCUUCAUUCUGCAUCAAGACUGAGUCGGGAGGGACAUUUCUCAACACACACACACACACACACAUACACAAACACACACUCACCACAGGCAAGAUGGGCUAACCGAGAAACGGCUUUGGCAGUUAUACUGAUAUGGUUCUGAGGUCAAAGUGAUCCAAGAUGGUCUGUUUUGACUUAAGUUUUGGACAUGCAGCUUUGGUUUGGUGUGUUUGCUCAGACACGAGGAUGACUGGAGAGUUGUGGCGCAGCUGUCAGAGUUGGUUUUCUAAAGUCGUUCUGAAUUUCUCACCACACUUUGGGAAUUCAGAGAAGCUCAAGCAGAGGAGCACUUAACGUAUCUUAUGUUCAAGGUCAAAAAAUGAGCCCAUUCACCUGAGUACAGUCUUGUUAUUUAGCCUUUUUGGGUGACGUUUUUCCAAUUAUCUUUGUGCAAUGUUCAGAAACCUGCGGGCUAGAGUGUGUCCUGGUACGACUGAAGAGUCCAAACCAGCAUUCCCACACACACGUGACACUAACAGCUUUUUCUUGUUGAUAGCUGAGCGAAAACACUGUUUGACUUUAACCUAAGAAUACACAAGCUUCUCCUCAGAGAAAACAGACAGCAGCCCAAGUACAUUUCAGAGCUUAGCCCUUUUCUGAAUCUCUGAAUCAUCUUGAUGUGACUCUAAGAAUAAAAAGUGCAUUUGAUUUAGGAAAGCUACCAAAUCAGGAAAAAAAGUACCUUACCUUUAAAAUUGAGAAAAUUGUGGCUGUUCUUGAAUAGAAGGUAAAAAAAAGCCACACUAAAAGUGAUGUUAAUAAAUCCCUGUAACCUAUAACUUCACUAUUAUUAAUGCUAUGCCAUUGCUGCUAUAACAUUUUUUAAGAAGAGGAACCCAUAGCCCAAGAAAAAGAAAUGUUGAGUAAAACAAAACAAGAACUCCACCAUUUUAUUUGCUUUUGUUGAUAAAAGCAGAGAACAAUCAUGAGAUUAUUUCAUUGUUUUUAUUAUGUUUUAGAUCAUACUUAGAUUUUUUUCUUUAUUUUAACUCAGACACAAAGUCACUUUGAGAGAAUGUCCCUUAACAGUUUAGGUCUAAUCAGAAGAGAGCAAAGAGGAGUUUCAAAGUAGAGUUCAGUCAAGCCACUAGGGGGUGGUAGGAGGCAGAUUUGAUUGUAUCCUGUCCUGCAGACACUGGGGUGGAGGGAUGGUGGGAGAAAAGAUGAGAGGAGAUUUUUUUUAUUUGUAUUUUUUUCAAAAUUUUUCCCUGGGUUUGCUUUUAUCAGGGUCCCGAGUGAAAUUAACUUCCAGCAAAUCAGUUUAACAGCGGCUCACCAGGAAAAGACUGCUGCAAAAUGGUUGCAAUCAUGACCUGUAGCAUCAUGUCAUUUUUUUUUCUGUCCAUACUGUCGUCUCCUCACUUUUCUUUUCAGUGUGGGAUUCUGUGUUCAGAGAAAUAUUAUGUGUGCGUCAUCGACCAUCUGUCCAGUGAAAGGGAAAAAGUCUGUUUUUUAGGAAUGAAGAACAGAUAACACAGGAAGAGGAGGGAUACAAAGCGGUGGUGUGAAUCACUCGGGCUGAGUGCCUCGUCGUUGUCUCGUUUCUUUUCCUCAGAUUAGUUUUAAUAGCCGUUCAUACUAAGAGUUUCUAAAUAUGUAAAUCUGUCGCUGUAUAUUGCUGUUUUUUUUUUUUUUAAAGUGCACCAUUUAUUUCUUUCGCCUUUUGUUUGGGAAAAAAAAAAUACUUGACAUAUGCGAGGGGGAUUUUGCAUUGAGGUUAGUCCCAGUGUUUUCUGUAUCAAACAGACUGUACUGUACAUUAAAUGGAUGCAAGUUGCUGGUUUUAUUCAGUCUUUUCACAACAGGGUCUGUAUUUUUGGGGGUAUAUGUCAAAUGUCUCUGUUUAUGAUGUUGGACUUCACUUCUUUUGUUUUCAUACAUGAAAACAUUAUUUUUGCACAAUGUCUUUUUGUGAAUGUUAACCUGUCUUUUCUUUCCUUUAUGUGUGUGUGUGUGUGUGUGUGAGAGAGAGAGAGAGAGUGUGUAGUGUGUGAGACAAUGGGAGAGAGAGUGUGUGUCUGUGUGCAUGCAUGCGCACACGUUUUGUUGUGGAGCUGUGUUUCUAUUUCUGUCUCGUUCUUACAGGUCACAUUUCUUGUUGGGAAAAAAAACAUAGUUGUUGCCUUGUCACAAGUUUGUGGCUACAUAUAAUUUAUUAUACUUUUCUUUCGCUUUGCCAAACUUUCACCAAAUAUGACAUUCUUUCUCUCUUAGUUUCAUUAUGUAUUAUUCAAAGUAAAAUGCCUUAUUUAGCUAGUACUUUUUGUAUAGAUGUUCUGUUACAUCUGCAUAUAGGGACAUGUUACCGUGUUUGUGUUCAGUUUGUCCUCUUCUUGUUUGCGUACACACAGCCUUGGUGAUGUGCAUUAUCAUCAAAAAGCCAACAGUAAUGCAAAGGUACCACUGUCAAAAUCACUGCGUUAAUUCCCAGAAGUCAAUCAGUCAUCCCUCAAAGCACAAACGGAGAGUUAACAAAAAGUGACUGUUUUCUUACCAGUGCCUCUAAAAUUACUUUGAAUAGUUUCUCUUUUUGUGGGCUUCACUUGCGCACUAUGUUAACGUCACGUUUCUGUAGUGACAUCAUCAUUGGACAAGUUAUGAAAAACUCUUUGUUGGAUUUCAGCAGAUGAUGCCAUGCUGUUCAUUAAGGGGAAAUUUAAACAACUUUUUGCUCACCAUCUCCGUGGUAGAGAUUUGUAAAACGUCGGAGCAAAGGCGUCCUCCGGCAAAAACGUACCUUUUAACAGAAAUACGUCUUUGAAUCUGACCAAAAAUAAACACAGAAAUACAGUAAUCCACUGUAAAUUCAGGCAACUGUUGUAGUGAAUUACGUUGCAGAACCAUUGUGGUAAGAGCAAAAGACACAGUAGACAGUGUAGCUGUUCUUGGAAGAAGUGUGUCCCUGUUGGAUCUCAGAUUUUAGGUUUUUUAAAAUCUCCACAGUGGAGGUGGUGAGUAAAAUGUUAUGGGAAACAGGUUGAGAAAUACUGGAAUUUCCCUUUAAGGUUGGCUAUUUCAUUCCGUACCAUUGUGUUUGGUAUGUAGCACAUCUACAGAAAGAUGAUAAUGCACACACAGUAUGUAUCCAACUCAAGUAUUUGAUUGCUUUUUUGUGUUUGUUGAGAUUCCUGAAGAAAAAAAAAAAGCAUCAGUAAAUCAGAAGUGGAAGCCACUUGUUCUGCACCACAGCUAAAUUAUCUGAAAGUUUGAAAAGGAAAAAAAAGAAGUUCUACAGCCCAUGUGUGCACAUCAUUUCCUGUUACUGGUGUGUUCUUGUGUAAAAACUUGAAACAAACCCGUAGGUGCAGUAUGUGACGAUAGCUGGAGGUCAGUCAUGGCGAUGGCUCUGUAUUGUCCGUUUAUGUCACACCAUGCCUUCUUUAACAGUGUUCUCUCUUUUUUUCAUUGAAGUCCUUUUGGUUUAACUUAAAUGUUCCUCAGAACGGUCACCUCAAAAUGUUGUAAACGUUUAUCUCAUCAUAAAUAAUGUAUUUAUUGUGCAGUUCUUGUCUUUACAUCGUUGUCUCAUGACUGAUUAAUGGCUGGUUUUGUUGCUCUUGAACGUCUCCUGAAAGUCAAAAGUGUUUUGGUUCACAUGGAAGUCAAACUAUCAGCUUUUUCUUUGCAGCCCUCAUCACCUGCCUAUCUGCUAUUUAGAGGUAAAUACAAGGAAUAACAUGGUAAACAGUCCCUAGAGUACCUCAUCUGUACUUUCUCAUUGUACAACAGUUCAAACAACUGAGCUACUAUAAAUGUGCCAUACAAUAAUAAUCCAACCUAUGGUCACUCUUUGGGAUUAGUGGGCUGAAAAAACACUUGCAGUGUCCUCUCCUAUGACCCGGGGUGCAGCUAACAGGUGACCCAAAUUAUGAAAUGUGCAUGUCUGCAUUAUUUGACUGCACUGAACAGUAGCAGCCUCUGGGGCAGAUGUAGCACUUCAUCUGCCUUUUUUCACAAGCUGCACACCUGAACAAGAAAGCAGGCAUAGAUUUACACCGUUACAGCUCCUGUUCAUGUUUUUUAUUUUCAAGGGAAAAUGUGUCACUUUCCUUUGCCUGUUUUUUUUAAUCUUAUUUCUUUUUAUCAGAAAUGCUGGACCGUUACACAGAUCCAGUUCCAGAAUCUGCAGAAAUUCAGAUUGUGGAUUUCACAGCCUGUUAUAUUUUUCUCCUUUUUAGAAGUCACUGGUUGUUGGCCUGAUUAGUGACCAAACCAUCACCUGCUAGUUCCACUGUUUGACUUGCACAGGAGUUUGAGAAACCUGGUUUUGAGUGUCUGUAUUCUCACCAUCACACUGUUCACGGUUACAGGAGGGCUGCUGAGUUUUGUAUUGAGUUUAAUGACUGGCCUUCGUUUAUUUUGAGGCUCCACGUUUAAGCCCCCUUGUUCUUAAGCAAAGACGCUGAACUCUUAUCAGCUGUCCUGUAUCUGACCUUUGACCUCGCUGUAGAAGGAGAGAUAAAUAUCAUGAAACCUAAUACACAGAAAGAAAAGGGGGAUGCAGCCAGGUUGUGUGACAAUCUUAAUACGCACGACCUCCAAACACACUCCAAAGCUCCAGUUCUGAACACAGAGUCAAACAGGAUUAACAGACGUGUCACUUCAAUGCUUAAAAUCUAAUGUUGUUCCAUAAAAAAUCUAAACAUGUUUUGCCUUGUAAUAGAGAAUCAUGGCUUUCUGUCUUAACUCAUUACAGGCUGGUUUCACAGACACUGAAAUAUUAUUUUGGCGUAAGAGGUGAAUAUAUAUAUUGAGUAAUAAUAUUACAAGGUAUUUUCCUUCUCUGUGUAAUAUUCUGAUAAUAUGUGGUUCGAGAUCUCGCUGCAAACCAAAGGGAAACUGACAUUUAAAGCAAAGUUAGAGGAAGGCAGCACAGCCGUGCAGCUCCAAACUAACUUCAGUUCAUUAUAAUCCACAACAGUGAAAUGGUUAAUAAAGAUCUAGAUUGGAUGACUGCAGGUCCGAACAGCUGAUCAGUGAGGAACUUCAUCACCUUCUCUGAGUUCAUGUCUGUGAAACCAUCCACCUCAAUAUAACAGAGGGCGAGCUGAGUAAGGUUUGACUGUUCACGGCCCCACUGAACCAAGUGCAAUGUAAGUGUCACAAGGGUGUUCUUCUAAAAAUAUGUGGAGAAAAGACAAUAACUGACUCACCAUGAAGUCAGAAACCUGGUCAUUACUAAGUUAUGUGGUGGGGUUUUUACCUUUCUUUCUUUCUUUUUUUCUUAUUUGUAACUAUAGCUCUCUGUAUUCCCAUGUGGACCAAUCUCAUGAGUCAAAACAUGGUAUGUGUGAUCUUUUAUUGUGCAAUAAAAGAUGACUUUCAACUUUC